GCCUCCAGUCCGUGAGCUGCGCGGGGUCUGGGCGGGGCCGGAGCGCGCGGGAAGCCCCGGCAGGGCUGUCCCCGUGCUGCGCAAUGGCUGUCUCGGUGCCCGGCUACUCGCCUAGCUUCAAGAGGCCGCCUGAGAUCGUGCGGCUCCGCCGGAAAAGGUCUCGGGACCACGGUGCCGCUAUGCCCUCCGCACUGCCGGAGCCCGCGCCCCGCCGAGCCGCGCUGGCGGCUGGGCUGCCCUUGCGCCCCUUCCCGACCGCGGGCGGCAGAGGAGGCGCCGCCGCCACCACCGCACGCAGGAACCCUUUCGCCCGCCUGGACAACCGGCCGCGGGUCGCCGACGAGGCCGGCGAAGAGCCGCUCCGCGGUCCUCAGGUUGCGCCGGCCCCGCUUCUAGAUUCUAAUGGAGAAAAUAACUUGCUGUGGGAGGAGGCAUCAUCUCAUGAAAGAACAGUCACCGAACUGCCCCAGAGUCAACGUGUACCAUUGUCUGAGUCAGACACUUGGUCUUCAGAUGGCACUGGGUUACCUGUGGACUGGAGCAUCAAAACCCGACUCCUUUUCACCUCUUCUCUACCCUUCUCCUGGGCAGACCAUCUGAAAGCCCAGGAAGAAGCUCAAGGGCUUGUCCAGCACUGUAGGGCAACAGAAGUUACCUUACCCCAGGCUAUACAGGACCCCAGACUGUCCACCACACUGCGCUGUGCCUUCCAGCAGACGCUGGUCUACUGGCUGCACCCCGCCUUCCCGUGGCUGCCGCUCUUCCCGCGAAUUGGAGCCUAUAGGAAAAUGACUGCAAAGACGAGUCCAUGGACAGCUGAUGAGACCCUGCAGCAUGAUUUAAUGAGUGACUGGUCUGUGAGUUUCACAUCUCUGUAUAACCUGCUCAGGACAAAGCUUUGCCCAUUUUUCUACGUGUGCUCCUAUCAAUUCACCGUCCUGUUUCGGGCUGCAGGACUGGCAGGAAACAGUGUUAUCACCGCGCUCAUCUCCCCUACAACUAGAGGCUUAAGAGAAGCUAUGAGAAAUGAAGGUAUUGAAUUUUCUCUACCUUUACUAGAAGAAAGUGGCCAUAAGAAGAAAGUUCGAGAACCAAGCCUGGAAUAUGAGGAGGAGCAGGCAGGCAGUGAGGAAGAUGAAGAGGAAAGUUUAUCUUGGCUGGAAGAGAUAGGUGUGCAAGAUCAAAUUAAGAAGCCAGACGUGAUCUCUAUCAAGCUACGUAAAGAAAAACAUGAAGUACAAAUGGAUCACCGACCUGAGUCUGUCGUACUGGUGAAAGGACUCGACACCUUCAAACUGCUCAAUUUUUUGAUCAAUUGCAAGAGUUUAGUUGCUACCUCAGGUGCACAGGCGGGUCUUCCACCCACUCUCUUAUCCCCAGUAGCCUUCCGAGGGGCCUCAAUGCAGAUGCUUAAGGCACGAAGCAUUAAUGUAAAGACUCAAGCUCUUUCUGGAUACAGAGAUAAGUUUAGUUUGGAGCUCACAGGCCCCAUCAUGCCGCACGCUUUGCAUUCUAUGACCAUGCUACUGCGCUCUUCACAGAGAGGGUCAUUCUCUGCUGGAUUCUAUGCACAUGAGCCGACUGCUGUAUUCAAUGUUGGCCUGUCUCUGGAUAAAGACCUGGAUAGAAAAGUUGCUGAUAAGGACCUUGCUAACUGUGGGCUGCACCCUAAAACCCUGGAGCACCUCAGUCAAAUGCCAGUGCUGGGGAAGUCAUCCUUACGGAAUGUGGAAAUGAGUGACUACAUUUUAAAUUGGAGAUCCUGAACACCAAAAUUCACCCAAAUCUGGUGAAAGUCCUGUAGUCACUUCCUUACUGAGGAUGCUUCUGGCUGGCUUCUGGGAAGACGACGCUAUGGCAGAAGGACCUGAUGAGCUGUUUCCUGUAACAUGGAUUUAUGCAGUUUCGUCCGUGUCUUAUCUGCUCACAGCAGCACACUCAGGUGCAAGACAGUUGUGGGAUUAGGAAUUACAAGGACAACUUAGCCCUUGUGAAGAUAUAAUUCUGUCAUCUUUGCUGAAAUGUCUUAUGAUCAAGACUGAAGAACCAAAAACUUCAAUUAUACUUAUUAAAACAAAAUAAGACUGAUUUAAAAAAAAAAAAAAAACACUACCUUAUCAUUUAAAAAAAAAGUCAAAAAACAAAACAAACAGAAACAAAGCAAUUCAUUGGAAGCCCAACUAAAAUCAGAAGGGUCAUUGCUCUCAAAGUAUGUCAACCUAAGUAGUCACUAGUUCUACAAAAAUAGUACACUUAGGUGGUAACUAACAAUUGAGUAUUAUCAUCUGUCAGUUUUUCUUUGGCGCUUUUAACAGUGUUACAGAAAUACAGAUUUGAAAGCAAAUCAAUCUCAUCCCUUUGUCCUUAAAAAGUUCAGGAUUCUUUUUCUUAGGGCUGCAGUUAGUUUUUAUACUCCAAGUCUAAAUCUCUGCAUGAGUAGCUCAGAGUUCGCCCUACAUCCUCUUCCAAGGAAGACACCAUGUUUUAUUCCUGAGCAGGAGAGAGCUCUCCUUUCAUUCAGUGUUGCCAUCCUCUCUCAACACUGCCCCUUAAUGAGAACCUAACUUCUGAUGGGAAAUAAAACUAAAACAUCACUUAGUGUUGAGAAUGAAGAUGGCAGUCAUAAAUAUAACUUUUUCUUGGUCAAAAAGUAUAAGCAACACGUAUUAAUCAUUUUCCCCAUGAUUCAACAGUUAUAAUUUUCUCAGAAAAGUCUGUAAGAAUUCUACAAUAUUUCUAAGUCUUUGCUACAUAGGAGAUUGUUGCCUGGCUAUCUUUUUUCCAACUGUUUAAAUGCUUAAUUUGUAAUAAGUUACCCAAGCACAUGUAUCAGGACAUCUAAAUCUGUACAGCCCUCACCUGGUUUAUAUUCUGCUACUACAAGAAGAUUAAGUUAGCUGUAAAUGUCAGUUAGCUUUCCCUCCUGAGAUGUGGCAGUAGCCUGAUUUGGGUAUUAGUAAAUGAGCACUAAACUGGUAAAGUACUGUUCAAAGCAGCCUCUCCUCACCGGUGACGGUGGAAUACGCUUCUGUUGCUGAACUCCAUGUAAAUAACGACCAUCACCUUUAACUGUAAAUAAGUCAGCUGCCCUGGCACUUAGUUGAGCAUUACUACAUAGAACUGUUCCCAUUCAAAAUGCCGCAGGUCAAAAAAACUCAGUGAAAAUGUCGCCUUUGAAUUUCUCUGGGGAAAAGUACUGCAUGAAAUAGUUUGAUCUGAGCUCUGUUUACUUUGAUUCAUAAGGUUUAUUUGUAUAAUUGCAAGUGUUUACACUGGAAAAUGUUUAUGGCCAAAGUGGGGAACCUCAAGUGAAGAGCAGAGGUCUGUGAGACCUACAUAUCCCAGAACUGCAGGAAAAAGGAGUCCAAAAGGACAUCAGGUCUCUAAGUCCAAUCCUUGGAUGAACGUCAAGGCUUUGGAAACCAAGGGCAAGGUGACGGCUGCUAGUCUCUAACUCCCACCUCCCCUACUCAAGUCUCCACCCUCCCCGAUCCCCAAGCGUGAUU